AUGCAGACACCACAGCGCAGGGCCCCCAAUCUCCUGCUCAUCCUUCUGUGCCCCAUUCUGCUGGCUGUGGGCCGGGCUGCUGUGGAGAGCCAAGCACUGUAUGAACUUGAGAAGGAGCCAGCUUAUUGGGAUGCUCAGGCAAGGGCAACACUGGAUGCUGCACUGAAACUCCACCCUCGGAAUCACCGGGCCAAGAACAUCAUCCUCUUCCUCGGUGACGGUAUGGGUGUGUCUACAGUGUCGGCAGCUCGAAUCCUGCGAGGUCAGAUGGAGGGUGCAUCAGGGGAGGAGACGGUGCUGGCCAUGGACACCUUCCCAUAUCUGGCCCUGUCUAAGACCUACAGUGUGGAUAAGCAGGUAGCAGACAGCGCUAGCACAGCUACAGCCUACCACUGUGGAGUGAAGGCCAACGCUAAGACAGUAGGACUCAGCGCCAAUGCAGUGGCCUACGAGUGUAACACCACCUUCGGUAACGAGGUCUACUCAGUAUUACGACGCGCAAAGGCACAAGGUAAAUCAGUUGGUAUAGUGACAACCACUCGUGUCCAGCACGCCUCCCCAGCUGCUGCCUAUGCACACUCUGUCAGCCGAAGUUGGUACAGUGAUGCAGAUAUUCCCUUCAGUGCCCGCAAACAGGGCUGCAUCGACAUUGCCACCCAAAUGGUCACCAAUGUUGACAUUGAUGUGAUUCUGGGGGGAGGGAGGAUGUACAUGACACCAAAAGGUACCCCAGACCCAGAGUAUCCUACCUCCAACUCUCGCAAGGGUGACCGCAAAGACAUGAGGAACCUCAUUGACGUGUGGCUGAAGGCUAAACCAAACAAGAAGUCACACUAUGUUUGGCACAGGAAGGAGUUUGAUGAGAUUAAUGCUAAAACUACUGACCGGCUCAUGGGUUUGUUUGAGCCAAAGGACAUGAGAUUUGAGGUUUUCCGGAAUGGCUCUCGAGACCCCUCCAUUGUGGAGAUGACAGAGAAGGCCAUUCAAAUCCUCAGCAAGAAUCCCAAAGGAUACUUCCUGUUUGUGGAAGGAGGGAGAAUUGAUCAUGGUCAUCAUGAUGGCAUUGCCAAGCUGGCUCUAACGGAGGCUGUGAUGUUUGACCGAGCCAUUGAGCGCGCUGCACAGCUAACCAAAGAAUCUGAUACACUGACUGUGGUUACUGCUGACCACUCCCACGUCUUCACCUUUGGUGGUAACACACCUCGAGGGAAUCCCAUCUUUGGUCUGGCACCAAAGAAAGCUGAUGACAAAAUGCCUUUCACCAGCAUCCUGUAUGCUAACGGCCCUGGUUAUGUCCACAUAAAUGGAACCAGAGGAAACAUCACAAUGGUGGAUUACUACGAUGAGGAGUACAUGCAGCAGGCUGCAGUCCCAUUGGAUGCUGAGACGCAUGGUGGAGAGGAUGUAGCCAUCUACGCCAAAGGCCCAAUGGCUCACCUGUUCCAUGGGGUGAAAGAGCAGAACUAUGUGGCACACGUCAUGGCCUUCGCUGCCUGUUUGGAGCCAUACAAAAACUGCCCUCCUCACGCCCACAACCGCACCUCAGCUGGGUGUGUGAACACACCCUCAAGCUUCCUGUUUGGCUCACUUGGCCUCCUCUGGUUGUUCAGAUGA